AACGACGAACUUCGCUCAACCUAUAUACGGAAAAAAACGCGAGUAUAUACAAAUAUAUAUAUACUUGGCCGGUCGCGAGAAAGCUUAUCAGUCGCAAGCCUAGUCCAGCUGGCAAAGCCCGCAAAAGUCUCCGCACAGUACAGUCCAACAGCUCCAAGUGAUCGCAAGUAAAACCCAAAUAAAGUCCAAACCAAGGCUUAACCAAUCUCAGAAUGGCAGCAAAAAGAAUGGAUUUAAGUAAACGCACUUUUUUGGUGCUGAGCGGCAGCUCGAAUCCUUUGGGUCAGUCCCUGGCCCUCGAGUUCUGCAAGCGCCUGGCUACCGACUCCAUGGCCCUGAUCCUGGACGAAGACGAGCAGCAGUUGAGCCGUCUGGAGGAGUACCUGCAGCGUGAACUGAAGCCGGAAACGGUGAAAGUGAGGAUGGGAAAACUGGAUGCCAGCCACUCGAAUGGCGCGGAUAUCAUGGAGCAGGCUUUGGAGGCGGCCAACGACCAGUUCGAGCGGACCAUUAUAAUCCAUAACGAGGGCGAGGCGGCCACCAAGGUGCUCCAGGAGCCUCAAACCACCCAAGACUGGAAGAGCUACGUCCAGCAGCAGCUGUAUGCUCCCGUGGCCCUCAGCCAACGAUGGCUGCAGUCGAAGACCUUGGAGAAAGUCGAGAAGCUGGCCGUUAAUGUGACCUCGUCGCUGAUGAUUCGUCCGCUGAUCCAUGUGGGACUGCUCUGCUCCUGCAAGCGGGCCAGGGACAUGUACUUCCGGGCCAUGGCUGCGGAGGAGUUGCGGUCCGGAGUCCAUGUGCUCAGCUUCACACCCGGACUGCUCUCCACCCACCAGACGCAGUGCGAUGUCAACGGCAACGAGAUCAAUCCCGAGGAGCUGGUCGCCUCCAAGCGACUGCUCCAGUUGCCCAGGGUCCAGCCACUGCAGGCCACCCUCAAGCUGAUUAACAUACUGGAGGAGAUCUCCUUCGUGUCCGGCCACGAAGUCGACUACUACGACACCUUUGUUUUAUGAGUAGCAUCGUGGCGGUGGGCUGCGUCCCUGCCGAACUUUAUUCUGAACCUGGCCAACGAUUUGGAUGCUUUUUUUGAUAUGAUUGCUCGUGAAACCCUACAAAAUAAACUCUGGCUGCUGACCCUGGUCCUGAUUCUAAAAGUGCUUCUCCCCAAAAAGGAUUCACACGAAAAGGAAAACGAAA